GGAAAAAUGCAGUAAUCACUCGAAAGCAAAGCAGGUCGGUCGUCAACACUGAAACCCUCGGCCACUCACGCGACACCGCACCCGCGCCCCCAUCUCCGGCGACGGGGCCAUCAUGAGCGGCGGCGGAGGCAGCCCGAGCGGGCCGGACUCCCGCGUGGAGACCAUCUCCCGCCUCGCCCAGUGGCGCAUCGAUACCUUCGGCCCCUGCUCCUACCGUCGCUCCGACCCUUUCAAGCUCGGCAUCUGGAACUGGUACCUGUCGGUGGAGAAGAGCAGGUCGGUGUACGUGCGCCUCUUUCCGGAGCCCGGCCGGCUGGCCAAGGAGCAGCCGCCGCUCGCCCGCUUCGUGCUCCGCGUCUCCUGGGUUGGCCCGCCGCGCCGCUCCAGCGUCUCCCCAGUUUUCGAGCAGCUUCUCCGAAGCAGCGAUGAUUUUGUGUGGCAAGUUGAUGUGAUGUCCCAUGGGCGUUUUACAAUUGACGUUGAGUUCUUGGACCUGAAGAUAGCCACGAACAAUGGUACUGAAUCGUCAUCGUCGAUCUGGCCGAACGAAGGCAUGGUGCAGGGCGUGGCCAGCAAGAGCACGCUGGGCUGCCUCUCUCGCAUGCUCACGGAGUCCAUCCACACGGAUGUGACCAUCAACACAACGGACGGCGUGCUGAAGGCGCACAAGUCGGUGCUGGCGGCCUGCUCGCCCGUGUUCGAGAGCAUGUUCAUCCACGACCUCAAGGAGAAGGAAUCCUCCACGAUCGACAUCGGCGACAUGUGCGUGGAGUCGUGCUCGGCGCUGCUGGGGUUCGUGUACGGGACGAUCCGGCAGGAGCAGUUCUGGAAGCACCGGCUGGCGCUGCUGGCGGCGGCCAACAAGUACGGGCUGGGCGAGGUGAAGGCGUGCUGCGAGGAGAGCCUGCUGGAGGACAUCAGCUCGGGCAACGUGCUGGAGCGGCUCCACGUGGCGUGGCUGUACCAGCUGGAGCGGCUCAAGAAGGGGUGCCUUGCGUACCUGUUCGUGUUCGGGAAGAUCUACGACGUUCGGGACGAGAUCAGCGGGUUCUUCCACCACGCGGACCGCGAGCUCACCCUGGAGAUGUUCCAGGAAGUGCUCAGCGUGUGGAAGCCCAUCUGAAGCUUGUGUGUACAUAGGGUUUGUGGAAAGAUCAAAGGGAAGAAGCCACUGGAAAGGGUGGAAAGAAUAGCCCCAAAAGUAUAUACUAAAAUACAUAGGGUUUAUAUAUGAAAAAGUAUAUAAAAUACAGUACAUGCAUAGUGCUUCUGAGAAUUUACAGCACUGUAAUUAUGCAAAUGUGAACCGCUACUGGUGUGGGCUGGGUGUGUAAAGAAGUUUGUGAGCAA